AUGUCCACACCCUCCACGGCCACCGCGACUCAUCCCUCCCAUCAACAUUACGGGUACCCCCAUUCCUCAUACCAAACCACCGCGGCCUAUCCGACCGCGACGACGACUGGGGCUCGCCUCCCAAACCCCUACGCCUACUCCGUUCCCUCCCCCACAACCGGGACAGCCCCGGCCGCCACCACCACCACGCUGCCUUACGGGCAAUCCCUUCAAUCCGCUCGAGGGGCUCCGACGACAUCGACCCCGGGCAUGGCGUCGCAACCCAGUGGCUCCAGUGCAGCCCCUUCCCUGGGCGCUCGGCGGAAGAAACCCGACUGGGGGGAAUUCUACAAGAAUGGGAUCCCCAAGGAGGUCAUUGUGAUUGAUGACAGUCCGGCUCCUGAAUCAUCCAAAGCCGCACCCCCUCCACCGCCUCAUGGCGCGACGGGGCCCCCGUCGUCGGUCCCGCAACCCGCGGGCAAGCGACGUCGCACGGGAAUCGAGACCGCCUACGACCUGGGAUACUAUGACCGACCGUCCUUCUCAAUCAAUCCUCAACAGUACGGCGAAGAAUCGUCUGGCCACUCCUUGUCCACCGACCGAACCACCUCCUUGCACACCACCGCCCCGACUUCCCUGGGGUCGCAAGGGAGUUCGGGCACCAGCAACGGUAUCUACUACGACGACGCGACAGUGGGCCAGAAGCGGAAGCGGACCACUCGGAAAUCUGCUCGCGAUGAACAGAAGCGCCGAGAGUUGGAGAAUGCGCCAGAGGCAUUCCCCUCCUAUGUGCCUCCCACAAAACCUAUUGUAAAGGCGAAGGAUGUGCCUGUGCCGGUUGUUCGUGAUUUCACAAGUUCCCGCCACGAGAAGUUUGAUGACGAUGACGGCCACUAUAUCGUCACUCCGGACACACCCUUGACUGAACGAUAUUCUAUCAUCAAAUUGCUUGGCCAAGGUACCUUUGGCAAGGUAGUUGAAGCAUAUGAUAAGCAGCGGAAAACUCGCUGUGCUGUUAAAAUCAUCCGUUCCAUCCAAAAGUACCGAGACGCUUCACGAAUUGAAUUGCGUGUGUUGUCAACUUUAGCUUCGAACGACAAAGCGAACCGCAAUAAAUGCAUCCACCUUCGAGAUUGCUUUGAUUUCCGCAAUCACAUCUGCAUUGUCACCGACUUGUUAGGACAGAGCGUGUUUGAUUUCCUGAAGGGUAACGGCUUUGUUCCAUUUCCGAGCAGCCAGAUCCAGAACUUUGCCCGGCAACUGUUUACUAGUGUGGCCUUUCUUCAUGACCUGAACCUCAUCCAUACCGACCUUAAACCCGAAAACAUCCUUCUUGUUAGCAACGCCUACCAGACCUUCACAUACAACCGCACCAUCCCCUCCUCCUCCCAUGCCAACCCUCGCAACGCCCGUCAACGACGAGUCCUUCUUGACAGUGAGAUUCGCCUCAUUGAUUUUGGCUCUGCCACUUUCGAUGACGAAUACCACUCUUCUGUCGUCUCCACGCGGCACUACCGUGCUCCUGAGAUCAUUUUGAAUCUCGGAUGGAGCUUUCCCUGUGAUAUAUGGAGCAUUGGAUGCAUUUUGGUCGAGUUCUUCACUGGUGACGCGCUCUUCCAAACCCACGACAACCUGGAACACCUGGCUAUGAUGGAGGCAGUUAUCGGGACUCGCAUUGACUCACGGUUGGUGCGCCAGGUGGUGCAAGGUCGAGCUGGUAGCCACAACUCUGCUGCCAAGUACUUUAACCGGAAUAAGCUGGACUACCCGAACACAGAAACCACUCGGGCGUCACGGAAAUAUGUCCGUGCCAUGAAAGCACUGACUGAGUUCAUUCCCAUCAACACCCCCUUCAACCGUUCGUUCCUGGAUCUUCUUCAGAAGAUCUUUGUCUAUGAUCCCAAGCAGCGUAUUACUGCCAAGCAGGCCUUGAAGCACCCCUGGUUCUCAGAGAGCCUCAUUGAUGAUGGCACAGAAGCAUACCGAAUCGGCAUGGGUCUGCAUCGCCAGUGCCGUCCCGCCUAG